AUGCAGAGAACUCCCUCGGCUUCUUCUUCGCAAUAUUCAGCUUCACCUCCAUAUUAUGCUGCAAAUCAACCUCCUAUAACACCAAAUCCUCCACGUCAAACAAGGACAGACCAGAUCUUUCAGAACUUUUAUACAAAAGUUGCCCAAGUAGUCACUCACGCGCGUCUCGUACAAUAUGAUAGUCAGAUAAGCGGAAGAGGUUCAUCAAAUGCCAACGUAGUUUUACCUUCGCGCCAGCCUACACAUCCUAAGAGGCAUAACAGAUGGUUUAAUCUAGAACUGUGGGAUUCAGAUGUUUACAAAGACGGCCUCAAAUAUUGGCGUCAGGCAUCCCAAGCGUCUACAGGAACUGUACCACUUCCUAUGAUAAUCGAGUUUUUUCUGGAUGUGUCAGAGUUAAAUAAAAAUCAAAUUCUCGUUAUAACAGAUGAGAUUUCAAGGAGGCGAAGAGUUGAUUUGCACAAUCUAAGUGGGUCUAACGAGAACGGUAAAUCAAAGAAUAUUAUGUUGGAACGUUGGCAAUUGACUUUAAGCCAUCCUAUACCUGAUCCUCCACCGGACCUACCUGUUGUCUAUAAAAAAUGUAUCGCUUUUUUUCGAUCAUUGUAUGCUUACGUUAGGCUGUUACCAGCAUAUCGCCUUUACAGACGAAUAAGAAAAAGGAAAUUGUGCGAUUCUUUGAAAAUUGAUUAUAGGUUUGUAUUGCCAACAAGCGGAAUUCAAGAUCAUAUUGGUAUAGAUGUACCUAUAAUAGAGGGAGAAUCAAGACCAACAUCAAUUGAUUUUAAAUUUAAUCCCAUUGAUACACCUUUAGGCGUGCUAUCAUUAAAAGUCAAUUAUAGGACAAAUUGUGAAUUUUAUGUUGAUGAUUCUUCAGAAGCACUUUUAAGUUCAAAAUUCAUUGACAUGGAUGAAAAUUACUUUACACCAACAAUGGUCCGUUAUUAUCAACUAGAAGAACAAAGACAACAGGAAAAAUUAGAAAGACGAAAAAGCGUUCCAACCCACAUGGAGACACCUCCCCCUGGUUUUCUACAUCCAGGGUCUUCACCUAAACACACAAAUAGCCAAUUAACUGUUGAAAUUCCGCCAAUUCGAACACUUAGUCCAUCUAGGUCAAAUCCUGAAUUGAAAGAGCAUAGUUCUGGUCUUACAUUCCCAAAAAUUUACGCACAGCCUAGUCCAGGAACUCUUGGAUCAAAUUUAUCGGCACCGUCUCUAUUCUAUAGGUCACCAGACUCAAGGCGUGGAUCUCACACUUUAGAGCCUAUUAUGGCGAGUCCUACGUCACCGAGUUUAGGACAUCGUGAAAUACUUUACUCGUCAUUAUUUCCGACUUCGACAACACGUCCCACCGUUACGUUAGUACAACCUUUUAAAUCUCCAUCGCUUUCUUCUUCCCCAGUGAAUCAUCAUGAGAUAAUGCCUCCAUCUCCAACACUUUUUGAGCGAACAUCUACUUCGCCUUUGCAUCGAUCACCUUCACAACUUUCUUUACAACAGCGAAGUACAACAGCAAGGCCAAUGUCUAUUGAGAGCGGUACAAUACCAGCAAUGUCCUCAUCUGUGAAAUCGACUUCUUCUGCUGGAAGUCCUAGUGGCUUUCCCAAAUUUUCUUCGAGCUUUACCAGCUUCACUCAUCGAUAUGAUAAGGCUACCGGCUCAACUACAAGGGAACGUGAUGGCAGCUUCAGUAGUCGACGACGUUCGACAAUUAGGAGUGACGGUUCUACCAGUGAUAGAGGAUCUAUUUCAUCUUUCUUUGCAAACCCAGACGAUGACGUAGGUGAAUUUGUACGGAUGGUAGAUAGUCGAGAACCACUGAAAAUGUUUAGCAGAAGUCCAACUGGUUCGGACGACACCGGUGGUUCAGCGCGUAAUCUAUCCGGUUCUGUAUACCGAACUCAGUUGCAACUAUCACGAUUUCAAAAGCUGAAAGAAUCGCACAGAAAUUUAUCAGAAUCAAUAACAGGUACAGGUGAUGAUAUUAUUACUGGUUCUCCUUCAUCAGGAAUUUCACUACGUGUUCAUCAAGCAAAAGCAGAUGACGACGAUAUGUUUUUUACAAUGAGCGAAUUUGCUGAUGAUAAGACUAAUAGUGCUGUGAAUAAUGUUUCUGGUACAGAUAGCAGAGAGGAGAAAUAA